GAGGGGUCUGCAGGGGCGUCGAGUCCAGGUCGGAUUUCCUCCGAGGCCGGCGAGCCACUCGCUUCCCACCUUCCCUCCUUCCCAGCUCGCUGCGUUGCGUGCGCCCUGCCUGCCCCGCGCGCCCUCGGACCCCGGGAAGGGACCAUGAUGUGGACACGUUGGCUCACUCUCGCGCUGGUGGCGGUCGCCUGGGUCCACGCCGAGGAAGAACUAAGAAGCAAAUCCAAGAUCUGUGCCAAUGUAUUUUGUGGAGCUGGCCGGGAGUGUACAGUCACAGAAAAAGGGGAACCGACCUGCCUAUGCAUCGAGCAAUGCAAGCCUCACAAGAGACCUGUAUGUGGCAGCAAUGGCAAGACCUACCUCAACCACUGUGAGCUGCAUCGAGAUGCCUGCCUCACUGGAUCCAAAAUCCAGGUGGACUAUGAUGGACACUGCAAAGAAAAGAAGUCUGUAAGCCCAUCUGCCAGCCCAGUUGUGUGCUAUCAAUCCAACCGUGAUGAGCUCCGCCAUCGCAUCAUUCAGUGGCUAGAAGCAGAGAUCAUUCCAGAUGGCUGGUUCUCUAAAGGCAGCAACUACAGUGAAAUCCUAGACAAAUACUUCAAGAACUUUGAUAAUGGUGACUCUCGCCUGGACUCUGCUGAAUUUCUGAAGUUUGUGGAGCAGAAUGAAACUGCCAUCAACAUCAGCACAUAUGCAGACCAGGAGAACAACAAGCUGCUGAGAGGACUGUGUGUCGAUGCUCUCAUUGAAUUUUCUGAUGAAAAUGCUGACUGGAAACUCAGCUUCCAAGAGUUCCUCAAGUGUCUCAACCCAGCCUACAACCCUCCAGAGAAGAAAUGUGCCCUGGAGGAUGAAACAUAUGCAGAUGGUGCCGAGACUGAAGUAGACUGUAACCGCUGCGUCUGUGCCUGUGGAAAUUGGGUCUGCACAGCCAUGACCUGUGAUGGAAAGAAUCAGAAGGGGGGGCAGAUGCUGACAGAGGAGGAGAAGACCAGGUACAUCAAGGAAUCCCAAAAGCACCAGGAAACAGCUGAAAAAGCCAAAAGGGUGAACACCAAAGAGAUCUAAUGAAGAGGCAUCUGGGAACUGUCUGAUCCUGGUACUUCCUCUUCCCUGCGCUGAGUCCAGUAUCUGCAAAUGUCUGCUACAAUCGCCAAAUCACCAGUAUUUGCUUAUAUAGCAACAAGUUUUAUUUUGUCUGUUUGUUUUGCAAUAAAGGAAAUGGGGUGACAGGUUAGGAGGGAGGAAGAAUCAUAGCCUUCAUUUCUAGGACUGCUUUCAUAGAGACAGUGAGAAUGGUGCUGGAGGCUUUGGAAAGUAAGAAAACUGCAUCAGAGUUGGGCAAGAAACAAACAGAUCAAGACCUGAAUCACUCUGUAGUCUGCCAUGGCAAUAAAAAUGCUGUAGGAGUACAGGUAAUGCCAGAGAGAUUUUUACCAAGCUAUUAUUAGAGGAGGGGUUUGGCAAGGUUGACAAAGAUGCACUCAGAUUCCAGCCCGUUCUGUUGCCCUCAGUAUAACAGCCUCA